AUGGAACCUGAUUUGAACGUGUAUUAUUCAAUGGAGUAUCCUACUGAUAUACUGCCAACAGCACCAGAGCCCCAGACCAGCACUAUAGGGGCAGGUUCUGUGAUUCUUGUGAUUGUGAACAUCAUCAUCUUCCUGCUGGGGAUUUCUGGAAAUGGAAUUGUCAUCUGGAUCUCUGGUGUCAAGAUGAAAAGGUCUGUCAACACAACCUGGUAUCUGAGCCUGGCAUGCUCAGACUUCAUUUUCUGUGCCUGUCUCCCCUUCAGCAUUGUGAACAUGGCUACUUCUGCCUGGCCAUUUGGGCUGGUCAUGUGCAAGUUCAUCCCCCUCAUCAUGUUCCUGAACAUGUUCAGCAGCAUCUUCCUCCUGGUCAUCAUCAGUGUGGACCGAUGUGCGUCUGUCGUGUUCCCCGUCUGGGUACAGAACCACCGCACAGUGAAAGCAGCCUCUGUACUGGUCACUCUUGCCUGGAUUGUCUCUGUUGCUCUCAGUGUACCUUCACUGGUUUUCCGUGACACAAAGGUUGAAGGACACAAAACCAUUUGUUACAACAACUUUGGGAAGGGAGUGCCUACACACUGGAACGUUGUUUUCAGUCGGUUUGUCUGUGGGUUUUUAAUCCCUUUUGUGAUCAUCACCCUCUGUUACACCAUCAUUAUUCUGAAGCUGAAGAACAACCGAAUGACCAAAUCCUCUAAACCAUUUAAAGUCAUGUCUGCCCUCAUUGUGACUUUCUUUGUAUGUUGGUUGCCCUACCACAUCUUUGUCCUGCUGGAAGUUUACAAUGAACUACAUAACCACAAUAUUGUCACGGGGCUCAUGGUAAGUGCCACUCUGGUGAGUGCAAACAGCACCAUGAAUCCCUUUUUGUAUGCAUUUAUGGGCAAAGACUUUAAGAAAACAUGCUCCAUUUUGUCCAAAAUUGAAAAUGCAAUGAGUGAUGAUGCACGUACUGCAAGUAAAAGGCAGUCAUGUACUCAGGACAGUAAAGUUUCGACCGACCCCCAAGGUGAGAUGUCUGCUGUAUAAGUGAAUAGCAUUAUGAAUCAUUAGUAGCUGAUACAAUGCCAGUUGAAUGCCCACAUAAUGCCCCUAUGACAUGUCUUUGUGAAAUGUAAGAAUUCAUGAAUAUUUGGGACAGCUUGUGAUAAAAAUGAAUGCAAUAACUAUAAAUGCAUCUUAAAUGUUACAAAUAGAAUGGAGCUAUUGUGCAGGCAUUACAGUAUAUAAGUAAAGGCAACAUAAGGGAUUAUAACAAUACCUGA